AUGCUGCAUCACCCCUGCACAAUCCCUGAUAGUUUCACGUUCCCAUCACCGCUUAAGGCCUGUGCUCGGCUACUGGCCUUUAGUGAGGGAGAAGCCCUUCAUGGCCAGACUGUGAAGCUGGGUCUUGACGCUGACCUCUGCAUCAAAACCACAGCGAUCACUAUGUAUUCAGCCUUUGGGGAUGUCAACUCGGCUAGACAAGUGUUCGAUGAUAUGGCCAAGAAGAAGAAUAUCGUUUGGACCAGCAUGAUCGGCGGUUAUGCCCGGAACCAAUCUCCCAGAGAGGCACUGCUCCUGCUCAGCAUGAUGGAAGAAGGCCUGGAGGCUGAUGACGCGACAAUUGCGAGUGCUCUUUUAGCUUGUGCAGAACUAGAGGACUUGGACCACGGUAAGAAGCUGCACUGCAGAAUUAGAAAAUUGGGAAUGAGGAUUUCUGUGGUUCUUGGAACGGCUCUUGUGGGUAGGUACGCUAAGUGUGGAGAGAUUGCUGCAGCCAGAGAGGUCUUCGAUGCACUUCCCGAGAGAAAUGUGUUGACCUGGUCUGCAAUGAUUUCUGGCCGUGCACAGAACGAUCAGGGUGAAGAGGCUUUGAGACUGUUCAACAAGAGGGUUACCGAAGGGGAUAACAAGCCUAAUGAGAUCACUGUAAUGGCUAAGCUUUCAGCUUGUGUUCAAACUGGGGAUUUGUCGAUAGGAAAGUGGGUUCAUGCUUAUAUCCAUAGAACACAGAUGGGCUACUCCAUUUGGAUUGAGCUAUUCACUUAUUAA